AUGAGUAUAGCUGCAUAUGCGUAUGAAGCUGACAGAGCUAAACGUUUAUAUUUUGGUCAAUACUCUCUCACACUUACUGACAAAUAUAUUGUUAUCACUGAUGGAAAUACUGAGAAAUACAUAACAUGGAAGGACUAUGAAAAGUUUGACCCUAUUUUAACUCCAUGUACUAUGCCGUUUAUAAAGGACGGUGAAAUUAUUGAAAAAGAUAAUACAACCGUAUAUAGGUCUGUUUAUGAAGCAUUAGAAUAUAUGUUGAAUCAUAACCCAAAAAGAUUUGACCCAAGCACUACACCAUGUGCAAUGCCCUUUAUUAAGGACGGUGAAAUCGUAAGAGUUCCGAAUUCAACGGUUUACACAGCUGUUCAAAACAGUUUACAAAACAUUUUAGCGAAUAUCUUUAAUUCAGAAACUACAGAAAUAAAAUUACCGUAUAUAACAUUCAGAAUGGUUGACUUCAAUACUAUCGCUUCAUUCGUUAUAACAGAUGAAACAGAUUUCAUGGAGAUUGAAAUAGAUGGAAAGAAGCACGAAAUAAGAUUUCACAAUAAUGUAGAAUAUAAGAUGGAAACAUUAGCUGGAGUGUUAAAUGCUCUCAUAAAUACUACAAUAAACAAAGAUAACGAAGAAAACUUAAUGAAUGUUAAACUUAUUGCAGGAGUUUUGAAGUUCAGUUAUGUGAAGGAGUUUAAGAUACCAAGAAUGAGUCAUAGAGUACAACUUCUUUUGGGUGCAUACCAUAUGACAUUUCCUUUGAAAAGUGUUGACAAAACGAUUGAGAUGAAAUCUGUUCCAUACGUAUGUUAUGGCAAUUGUUUAUACAUUGAGUCUAAAAUAGCUAAUGUCACAGGCAUUUCAGGAGUUAAUAGUAAAGGUUCAGUAGAAUAUAAAUCCUUCUGUUAUGCAGUCAAUUCAAUGUUCAUUCCAAACGUUCCUGUCAUAGCAACUCAUUUAGGUAAAUGGGUUCGCAUUAGUCCUCAUAAUUUGAAAGACAUGCAAUUCAGACUUGUUGACUUUCAAGGAGAGCCUGUAGAACUGAAGGCACCAGUGCGAAUGACUGUUGAAGUUGACUUUUUAGAAAAUAUUAAAUGCAACAGCUUACAAGAGAACUCAGAGCUAAAAAUAUAA